CAGCCCUUCAAUUCACCAUCUACCUUACAUUUCAUUGUUUACCUGUCGCGCUUUCUCUGUACCUGUUACACUUUAUUCUGCAUUCUGUUAUUGUAACUCGGCGAAAUGGUCUGAUCUCUGAAGAGUCUGCAAGUCAGGCUCGGGACUUGUGGUAAAAUAAGCCAACAGCAAUUCCACGUCUGCGGCCUCUGAGAGGACCCACGGGGUCAAAACAGGAAGUCGGACUCUUUCGCUCAGAGUUGAAAGUGAAAGUUCCGAGUGGGGGAGAGAGGACCGAGAUGGCUUCUGCAAACCUUGUCCAGGAAUUAACGUGUCCCAUUUGUCUGGAGGUGUUCGCCGAUCCGGUCUUCCUGGAGUGCGGACAUCACUUCUGCGGAGCGUGUAUCUCUCAGGUUUGGGGGAGGGUCUCGGGGGAUGUCUCCUGCCCCCAGUGCCGGCAGGUUUUCGUCCAGAGGAACACCAGGCCCGCUCACAUCCUGAGCAACGUCGCAGAGCAGGUCAGGCAGCUGAGGGUGACGGCCGAGCGGACGGAGGAGUUUGUCUGCCGGGAGCACGACGAGAAGCUGAAACUGUUCUGCCAGGUGGAGCAGGAGAUGAUCUGCCUGGUGUGUGGCCUGUCGGCGCAGCACAAGAUGCACAAUGUCAUCCCGAUAAAGGAGGCAGCCCAGGCGCUCAAGGAGAAGUUGGAAGAGUCACUGAAGCUUCUGCAAGAGCAAAUGAACCAGAGUGUUCGGAGUAAGCAGGCAGGGGAGGCUGCGAUCCAGGGGCUGAAGGACCAGGUGGAUGGACAGAGCUGUGAGAUCAGGGCUGAAUUUGAGAAGAUGCACCAGUUCCUGCGUGAGAAGCAACAGCAGAUGGAAGCAGAGCUGCGGAGAGAAGCGGACAAAAUCCAGACACAACUGGAAAACAAUUUAAAGAGAGCAGUCGACGAAAUCUCUUCCAUUGAAGAAGUGAUACAAGGUGUAAAAGCGAGACUGGAGAUUCAAGAUCCCCAAGGGCUCCUCAAGGAUAUUCAAGCCCUUUUGAAGAGGUGUGAGUUGCCGGUUUCCCGUCCUGGAGUGGUGUCUGUCGAUCUUCCUGAGGAUGUGGCUGAAGGAAGGUUGAGGUAUCUCAAAGUGUGGAAGGAAAUGAGAGCCGUGGUUUCACCAGUGCCAGAGUGGCUGACGCUGGACCCAGAUACAGCUCACAAUCAGCUCGUCCUCUCUAAGGAUCUGAUGAGUGUAAAGUACACAGGCAGCAGACAAAAUCUUCAGGAUCACCCGAAAAGAUUUGAGAAAAUAUUAAAUGUUUUGAGUUCACAGGGAUUUACAUCUGGGAGGCACUACUGGGAGGUGUAUGUUGGAUAUAAGACUGAGUGGGUUGUGGGUGUCUGCAGAGAGUCUGUAAACAGGGAUAGAGAUCACACCACCACACCAGCAGAGGGAUACUGGGUCAUUGAUGUCAUCUCCCAUCAGGAAAUUAAACUCCGAAAACUGGGGAUUUAUCUGCAUUACGAGCGGGGCCAAGUGUCAUUUUACAAUGGUGACAACAUGUGUCACCUCCACACUUACACAGACAGUUUCACUGAGAAACUUCAUCUCAUCUUAAACCCAUGUGAUUACGAGACAGGUGACAACUCUGAACCACUCACUCUGCUCACAACGUAACGCAGUGGGACACGUUCUCCGAGGUCUCAGAUUUCUCUGGACCCACUGAGCAGAUCUCACUGCACCGAUUCUCUGAAAUACAACCAGAAAAAGCCGGAGCACUCAGCAGUGGGGAAACAUGGUUCAUAUUUCAGGUCCAGACCACCAUGUGAGAACUGACUCUCUGCCAUUGCUACUGACAGGUGAGGAUGUUUAUAUUGACAUCUAAUCUGUAGAUUUGACUCAGUGUCUCCUUCCCAGCUCUGUCACACUCUCUCUCCUACCGACUGCAGUCCAGGUGCCCGUUGUUUUGGAAUAAAGUGACGUGGACUGUUCUCUGGAAUUGUGAUAUCUGCUCCUUGCAAUCAGUGUAAAAAUGUGCAGAUAUUUUCUGUGCAAUAAACAUUUCA